AUGGCUGGAGUAUUUUCCUGGCUGUGGGACUGGCUCUUGUGGAUGUUCUGGGCCACUGAGAUGGAUGUGACCAUCGUCGGGCUGCAGAAUGCUGGCAAGACAAGUUUAGUGCGAGUGCUUGCGGGCAAUGAAUUCGCGAGCGACGCAUUGCCAACAGUGGCUUUCAAUAAGAAAGAGGUCAAAAAGGGCCAUGUGUCCCUCAAGUGCUGGGAUCUCGGAGGUCAACCGCGAUUUCGAACCAUGUGGGAACGUUAUUGCCGAGGAGUCAACGCGAUCGUCUUUGUGGUCGACGCAGCAGAUCGAGACGCGAUUCCCGUGGCCAAAGAGGAGCUACAUGCUCUUCUAUCAAAGGCAACACUUGAGGGCAUUCCAUUACUCGUCCUUGGUAACAAGUCGGACCUGCCCAUGAAAUUGUCUGUCGACGACCUGAUCGAUCAGCUCGACCUCAAAACCAUUGUGCAUCGCGAAAUCAGCUGCUAUGGAAUUAGUGCCAAGGAGGAAACGAACCUGGAAGCCGUGCUACAAUGGCUUGUUGCCAGGUCUGGGAAGUAA